ACUUCGGCCUUGCUUAAUGCCGCCAUCACUUGGGAGCUCUGCUGAGACGCGCUGCUGGAGAUAACGCACGCGCACGCAGCCAACACACGCGGCACCACCGAGAGGAGCGAGCGGCCACCAUCAGGCUACCUCAUCCGAGCUCCCGGCCGUUCCCUCGCCGGCGGCUAGCUAGGCAGCGCUAGGCUAGCUAGGAAGCUGCGCGCGUGGCCGCCGACGAUCGGCAUGGGCGACGGGGCGGCGGCGGCGGUGCCGAGCAGGUUCCGCACGAUCUGCGUCUUCUGUGGCAGCAACGCCGGCCGCCGCAAGGUGUACGCCGACGCCGCCCUUGAGCUCGGCCACGAGCUGGUGCGGAGGGGCAUCAGCCUCGUCUACGGAGGCGGCAGCAUCGGCCUGAUGGGCGUGAUUGCUCGGACGGUUGGCGACGGCGGCUGCCAUGUCCUUGGGUACCCUGCCGUGCUUGCAGUUUCACCUCUCUUUUUUUUUUGGGUGCACCCCCUUUGGAGUACUCUAUCUGAUGUUGGAGCUGGGUGUUUCUGUUUGCUUUUGAUUUGUUCUUUCAUUCACAGGGUGAUUCCUAAAGCGCUCAUGCCUAUUGAGAUAUCAGGUGAGAGCGUGGGAGAAGUGAAGGUCGUGGACGACAUGCAUCAGAGGAAAGCCGAGAUGGCUCGCCAGUCCGAAGCAUUCAUCGCUCUUCCAGGGGGGUACGGGACGAUGGAGGAGUUGCUGGAGAUGAUCACCUGGUGCCAGCUCGGAAUUCAUGACAAACCAGUUGGGUUGCUGAACGUCGACGGCUACUACGACCCGCUGCUUGCCCUGUUCGAGAAAGGCGCCACCGAGGGCUUCAUCAACCCUGACUGCAGCCAGAUAUUCGUUUCUGCGCCGACCGCGAGCGAACUGCUGACGAAGAUGGAGCAAUACACCCGGUUGCACCAGGAGGUAGCCCCAGCAACGAGCUGGGAGAUCUCGGAGCUCGGCUACGGGAGAGCCGCCGCCGACGGCGGCGGUGGCGGCGCGCCGUCGUCAGAAGAAGAAGGCUUGUAGCAGUCAUCCAUCUCCUAAAGCGAAUCGGAGCUCUCCUUCCUCUGCUGAAUUGGUGAUGACGCAUGCAUUUGUUUGGGUAUUUAUUUCGUCAAAGUCGAUCUCUCCAAAGUCCAAACCGGUUGAACUAGGUGCCUGCCGGGUCGGGAGAGGCGAUGAUAUAUAUCUCUCUGUUUGAGUGCUCGGUUGUGUAAGCUAGCUGUGGUAACUCCUCCCUCCUUUUCGGUGUGUGGUGCUUGUGGAAAUGGAAUCUGUGCUGUGCUGCGCGUGCAGCUACCCUACCCA